AGUUCCACGGGCCCGACUUAGUAUGCAAAUAAACUCCGCCUCUCGUUGCUAAAGCGGCCAAUCCAGUGGCAGGAGGCGUGGCCGGCACCCCGGACUGGUCCGGAAAGGUGGGAGCUGCGAGAGCUUUUUUUCGCUUCCGGGAAUGACACGUGCGAAGCCGGCUGGCCGGGAUGUCUUCUAGCACCAAAUUUGUAUCAGAGGGGAUAAACCCCACAAAGAUCAACCAGGUAGGUAGCCUGGGGAUGAUGAAUGUCCAGAUUCUCAAAUGCCCAUGCACCAGAAGGGAUCCAAGCCAUGCUCUCAAUCAACUUUGUUGGGAUGACAAAGCUGGCAUCCAGAACAAAAAGAAAAGCCGGAGGCACCAGCGCUAUAUGAUGCGCAGAGCACUAGAGCAGAAAGGAUCCCUGGGAGCCAGAAGAAAGGAGAGGAGUCUUGUUAUGAUAACAGAUGUCUCUGAAAUGGAAGGAAUGCAGGACUCCUUGUCCUGGGAAAGCAGCAGAAGUAAUCAGUUUCUCCAGGAGGGUGUGAUGACAACUCAGAAGAAUCCUUCCAUAUUUGGGGAAGCUUUGUCCAUUUCCUCUGUGGAGCUAGCCAGGCAACCAUCACCUGCCCAAGGUCUUCAGAACCUGCUAGCUUGCCCCAGCAUCUCAGUGAAGAGUACUAGUUCCUUCCCAUGCCUGAUGCCCCAGAAAUCUGUGAAGCGUGUGGCCAUUGACUGUGAAAUGGUAGGCACAGGUCCUUCUGGAAAGACAAGCGAGUUGGCACGCUGUACGGUGGUGAGCUAUGACGGUGACGUGAUCUAUGACAAGUACAUUCUUCCAGAAUGCCCAGUUGUAGAUUAUAGAACUCGAUGGAGUGGCAUCACCUGGAAGCACAUGAGAAAAGCAAUUCCUUUCAGGGUUGCGCAGGGUGAGAUCAUACAGAUCUUGAAAGAUAAAAUAGUUGUGGGCCAUGCUCUCCACAAUGAUUUCCGAGCCUUAAAAUAUUUUCACCCCCGAGCCCGGAUGCGUGAUACAAGCCAGUGUCCUCUGCUGAAGAAGAAGCUUGCAUUAGCUCUGAAACCCAGCAUGUCUCUCAAGAACCUAGCUAGUGAGCUGCUUCACAAAAAAAUCCAGGUUGGCAAACGUGGGCAUUCAUCUGUUGAAGAUGCCCAGGCUUCCAUGGAGCUUUACAGAUUGGUAGAGUUCCAGUGGGAGAAACUACUGACACCAAGCCUCCCCAUGGGCCCUUCAGACAGCACUCUGAAUGGUGAUACUGAUAACAGUUGUUACAUGGAUGAUCAAUAUUGGCCCAAGGACCUUGAUAUAGACUGCAAAUGAAGGGUCAGGUUUGAGAAAGCUUGUAAAGAAAUGAUUGUUAUUCUGAAUAGAGAGAUUGGUUAAACGUGAGGACUCGUGUUUACCGGCAUCAGCACAGCAAUGUUAUUUACAUUUUUUUCCUGAAUUGCACAUGCCAAAGAAAGCCUUGAACCUAAAGAAGCUUUUUAAGUUUUGAGCCUUUGAGUGUUGAGCCUAAAGAACCUCCAGCCGUAAGCCUUGGAAUUUUGAGUUGAAGGAGAAGUUGGCAACUUGCACCCUGUAGAACACUUCUGUCCACAAAAGCCCUUUCUUUCUGAGAAGGCAUCCCUCUCCAUUCUAUUCUUGCUGAAUGGAUGACCUAUGAGUAAACUACUGAAUUGGCCUAAACCUGGGGGGAAGGAAAGGGGGAGCCUUUUCAAGGUGAUCGUAUUUCUUCACUCCAGGCCUAAUUGUGGAUUUACUGUCUGAUUAUAAUGCUGACUGAAAACUGAGGUGAUGUGUGUCCAAUCUUAAUGUUGUGGAGCUGGGUAGAUAUCUAUUCCUCUGUGUGUGUGUGCAUGCUUUCAUGCAUGAUAACACCCCAGUUGAUUCAUGUAGUAUUUUUUCUUCUGCGUAAACCGCCUAGGAAUGCAUUCACAUCCUGAAAUGUAACCAGAACCAAUGGAUCAUGGUUGCAUUUAAUAACAAUCCCUGCAGUGAUAAUAGCUGCAAAAACUUGCUCAUAUGCCUAACUGUGUUUGUGAUGGGCUGAUUUGCAUAUUUUGAAAGUUUCCCUGUUGAUGUACUGUAUAUAUCCAAAGGGAGUUUGGGACCACUUAUGCAGAUGCAUUUGCUAUCUUUUCACAGCAAAUAAAUACUGCCUGGAGUAGUAGAACUCUCCCCAGCUUGAGUUGUUUCAAAUCCAGCUGAAGGGUUAUGAUGCUGAACACAAAAAAAGAAAAAAAAACCUAGGUGUGCAAAGCUAGGCUGUCCAGAGUGUUGAACAGAAGACUUGUAAACUAGGAAUUAGCCAUCUCUUUAAAAACAAGCAUGAAUUAACCAUUGAACAUGAAAGGUGCUUCUCUUGUGCAAUCAUGCUGUUCUUCCAUCUGAAAUCUAAAGCUAGAUCAGAACCAUCUUCACUGCUUUGACUGUUGCUCACGACUUGGUGUUCAAAUGGGAAAAACUCACCCAGAAUUCUGUCGUGCUAUCUUCUGAUUGGGUCGGGGAUCUCUUCUUUAUUACUUAAAUAGAGAUGGGGAACCUUUGCUGUACUAUGCUUCAGAAAUAAAAGAUCCCAGCAUCCCCCAUCUUUGGCAAAUUUUACCUGGAGCUUCUGGGAGGUGUGGUUCAUUUGGAGGGCUGGGUGUAUGUAUGUAUAUUUUCCUGGUGUGAUUCCCCUACCUGAUGCUAGAUUGGUGACUAAUAAUGAACUAAAUUUCUUUGAUGUGCCCAUAUGCCUUUAAAUUAAAUUGCACUGUGGUGACUGAUGCCUUCUUCACAUACUGUACACUGCAUGUACAUCAGGCAGUUCUCAGAGCAAAACUACUGGCUGCACUGUAAUUUUGGGUGGGGUAGGGAAGAAACACAAUUUCUUGAGAGUGCCAUUAUUUCACAGUGUACUCCAUGGGGAAUAUUCCUUUGCAUUCUGCCCCAAAUUUCCCACCCUUCAUGUUUACUUACUUCAAAUGUUGGUAUGAGAGGAGAAUUAAUCCUGCUUUAACUCCCUGAUUUUUUUUCAAAGGCUUCAUCUUGAUGAGUUGAGUUGAAUGUCUUCUUCCUUAUCUGUAUUUUUAUGCAUGAAGUAUUUAUUCAUGGGCUUCUCACAGCUGGAGUCUGCAAUGUCGACCAACAAGCUUGCUUCCUUAUCUUCGGUCUAGGUAAACUAAAGCCAGGCCCUAAUUCGCAGGUGGAGAGGCUCAGUGGUCUUCCCAAUGUUCUCUGAAUUUCCAGCUCCCAGGAGAAGCAUUGAGAGAUGUCUAGAACUAUAGUCCACAAAUAAAAGAAGAUCAACAGGUUUCCAACUCCUGACUUGGUCAGGAAAUUGCUUUUACUAAUACUAAAUAUUGUACAUUUUAUUCAUUUAUAUUUAUGUUUGCACCAAAAGAAAAAGGCAGCCAGCUUGACAAGACAGUGUCUUCCUUGCUAAAAAAAGAAAAAAUUAGUCUCGAUCAAGUUAGCAUUUUAAACACAAAGAAAGAUGGCAGGAAUUCUUUCCUGUGUCUCAUCAAGCAGGUCUUGUUUUUGGUUUUUUCUUUUCCAGCCUUUCUCUAGCACCAUUGUACAAAUAUUGAUAGCCUUCCUUAGAGUAAAACACUCACUGGAGCAAGA